UAAACAAAUUUUUGAGUAAUCGCCUUCAACGAUUUAUCCAAUAUUUUGUUAUUAAAAUAAUGUACUAGAAAAAGAAUCUGUACGUUGUUCUAGUUAAAAAUUUUAAUUCGACAUUAUUGAUUCAGAGACGACCUUGUAAAAUUAUUCCUCAUUGGAUAAAAUUAAGUAAAAAUUGUAGCAUCAAGUACUUGAAUAACUUUCACUUUAUAUGUUAUUUUAAUGACUAUAUUACUAAUACCUCCUAUUACUAAAAGGUUAUUUCAGUUUUGUUUCAAAUAUUCUACGAAAGUUAAUAAAAAAAUGCCAAGUUUAUUAACAAAUGAGCAAAGAGAUGAACUGCUUGCUCCUUUAUUUGCUAACAAAUGGAUAAUGGUAAAAGAUAGAGAUGCUAUUUACAAAGAAUUCUUAUUUUCUGACUUCAUUGAAGCUUUUGGAUUUAUGUCUCAAGUAGCUAUUAAGAGUGAAAAAAUGAAUCAUCAUCCUGAAUGGUUUAAUGUAUACAACAAAAUUCAAGUUACAUUGGCCACUCAUGAUGUCAAUGGAUUAUCAACAAAUGAUGUAAAACUUGCCACUUUUAUGGAUAAUUUAGAAAAAAUAAAAUAAAUUUAUGAUAAACCAUAUUUGGGAUUUAAAAUAUUUUACAUGAGAAGUGUGGUGGAAUUGAGCAUUGCAGUACAAUUGAGCAUUAAUUAUCUUAUGUAAAUUAGUUCUGUUUAUUGAAAUAAAAAUAUAGUUAUUGCCAUUUUAA